AAUAAGAAAUGGCUGGUACAAAAUUCCAAUAUGAUGAAAGUGGAACAACAUUCUAUUAUUUUGUUUUGGCAUUCCUAACAAUGAUCAUUGUACCAUGUACCUAUUUAUUUUGGCCACGUGACAAAGAUAAAGAUGAUCGUGAUGAACGAACACAAUCAACAGAAUCGAUUGAUAAUAAUUCACCAUAUAAACAACGUUUCAUACAAAAAUGUCGUUGUGAGCCUUGUCUUAUUAAAGAACAUUAUAUGCAAUUAAAAGAACCAUCGAAAACAGUUCGUAAACGUUUAACGAAAAUAGUAUUAAUUGUUGCCUGGAUUGGAUUGAUUGCAUUUGCAUAUAAAGUAUCUGAAAUUCAACCCGAUUAUGUUACUUUCGAUCCGUUUGAAAUAUUAGGUAUCGAUCCACAAUCAUCGAGUGCAGAAAUCAAAAAAGCUUAUCGUCGUCUAUCGUUGAUCUAUCAUCCGGAUAAAGAAACCGGUGAUGAAAAGAAAUUUAUGCGAAUUACCAAAGCAUACGCUGCAUUGACCGAUGAACAAGCUCGUAAAAAUUGGGAAGAAUAUGGUAAUCCAGAUGGUCCGGGUGCUAUGUCAUUUGGCAUUGCAUUACCAUCAUGGAUUGUUGAAAAAGAAAAUUCAGUGUUCGUAUUAAUGGUCUAUGUGUUGAUGUUGAUGAUCGUAUUGCCUGUUUGUGUUCGAAUAUGGUGGUCAAAUUCAUCCAAAUAUGGCGAUUUUAAAGUGCUUCUUGAUACAUCACAAUUAUAUCUGUAUUUCAUAAACAAAAGUCCACAAAUGAUGCUUCGUCGUGUAUUGAUGGUCAUUUGUGCAUCAUAUGAAUUUGAUAAAUCGAACAAUAGUGAAAUACAAGAACGACCAACCGAUGAUGUUGAAAUUCCGAAACUAAUGAAACAGAUUCCAAAUCUGGCAAUGAAUAAUAAAGAACGUCCAUUGUGUUUUGAAUAUAGUUUAAAAGCUCGAACAUUAAUGUAUGCACAUUUGUUACGAAUUCCAUUACCAUCGAUGGCUUCUGAACAGGAUAAAAAAUACAUCCUUACCAAAAUUCCCUAUUUAAUACAGGAAUUCGUACAAUGUAGCUCACAAUUAACUUUUCUUUAUUUAUCUCGUCGUAUUGCAAGAUGUCCAUCAUUGGAAACAAUGGAAAAUGCAAUGAAAUUGAAUGCUUUGACUGUACAGGCAAUGUGGUCGAAUAAAAAUUCAAUGUUACAAUUACCACAUAUUACUGAUGAUAUGUUACGUUAUUUUGUUAAUCGUCGCCGUAAUGUACGAAACAUGCAACAAUUAGCAUCACUGCCUAAUGAAGAUCGUCGACAAAUGUUGGCAAGAUUGAGUGAUGAACAGUAUUGUGAUUUGUUGAAUGUUCUUGGUCGAAUGCCAUUGUUGGAUGUGGAUGUCCGUUCCGAAGUAAUCGACGAUGAAGAUACGGCCACUAUUACAGCUGGUGCAUUAGUCACUGUAUUUGUUAAGCUUACACGACAACCAAUGUCAAAAUUAUUCGAAGAUUGUUCACCAGUGGUCAAUGAAAAUAAUUCUUCAUCACAUUCAAACAAUCAUCUUCAAUCGAGCUUGUCACCUGCCAGUGGUGAACUGGCCACCACUGUUGAACAUGAUGAACAAGAUGAAAAUAAAUCUUCGACAGUGAAAAAGAAUAAACCAUGGGAAAAACAAUCGAAAAGUAAAAAGAAAGCAAAACCGAAAAAGAAACAACCGUUAAGACAACAACGUCAAAAUCAACAACGAUCGCAACAACAACAACAACAAAAAGGAGGAAGUUCCGAUGUUACCACCAACAAACAAGUAAAACAACAACAAUCUGAAGAAAAUGCAUCGGAAAAUUGUUCGGAUAAAGAAAGUCAUCAGCACAAUCAUUCAAGAGAUAAUUCUGGUUCGGAUUCGGAUUCGGAUGCAAGAGAAUCAGAACCAAUGACGACGACGACCAACAAACCUAGCAAAGAAAGUGAACCAGACGAUAAUGAAGAAUCGGUUAGUAAUAGGCAUAACGCUGCAAAUAAAACACAAUCAAACGAUGAUGAAGAUGAUUGGUCGAUCGUUAGACAGAAUCUACCAAAAAAAGAGAUAUUCAAAGCUGUAUCGAAAAUAUCGCAUAGUGUUCAUUGUCCUUAUUAUCCGGAAGAUAAACAAGAACAUUGGUGGAUUUAUAUAACCGAUCGGAAAAAGAUGUCACUCAAAACGAUACCAUACUUUAUGACAAAUUUGGUGAAUCGUGAAGAAGUGGAGCUAAAAUUUAUGGCACCACAAGAACCUGGAUCAUAUCAAUAUAUGGUGAAUGUACGAUGUGAUUCCUAUGUCGAUAUGGAUUAUUUCAAAACAUUAAAGUUGGAUGUUAAAGAAGCACCAAAAGAAAUUGUUUCACAUCCACAAUGGGAAAUGUCCGAAGAAGAAGAUGAUCAACAACCAGAAGAUGAUUCAGCUGCAUCCGAUUCUGAUUUGAUUGCUACUGAUGAUGAUGAUGAUGAUGAUGAUGAUAAUGACGAUGAUGAAGAUGAUCAUGCUGGCCAUCAUCAUCAUCAUCAUCAUCAUGCUCGCCACCGAAAUGAUACUGAUGAUGAUGAUGAUUAUGAUGAACCUGAAGACGAAUGAAUGAAUGAAUGGUUAUUUUAUUAAAUUAUAAUAGGCAAAAUGUGUUGCAAAAAUGUGUUUAUU